AUGUCUGCAGAGUUCAGAAGAAAAGGUCAAGGGAAAAUUGUGAACUGUUUUGAAUGUGAAAAUUUUGCGCAUGGAAAUUGUGUAUCUGUUCUUCAGGAGGUUUGUAACUUUUUGGAUUCAAGUACCAACUCAAGACGGUUUUGGGACAGCAUAUUGAAUGAUUUGAACGCACAUAUCAUGUCAGAGUUCGAGAGUAUCAACGCAACAAUCGAAACUUAUAAAGAAAAGUUAAACCAGCUUGAGGGCAUUGAUGUUUUUCGAGGUGAACUGAGUACCUUGAAGAAUGAGAUGAAAGUAUCAUUUGCCGAUAUUGUCAGUCACUGUAUUAAAGGUCACGUCGAUGAUAUCAAGGCGGAGACGCCUGCCUGGGUCGCAUCGGACUCAGUCAUGACCUCUCUCCAGAGCAGAGAAAGGUCAAAAAUAGAAGAGGCAAAAGCAAUGGAAAUUUCUGACAAAAUUUUUUUUAUACCGUGUGAGAGGUCAGGUCGGCAAAUGGAAAGUGGUAAAAAUUCCGGUAACCCAGAAACAGACCUAGUUGGUGGUGGGGAUGGCGUUUAUGGUGACUGA